GUCUCGGUGGGUGAGUCCGGGUGGCGGGGCGGGGGCAGCCGAGACUCAGUCUCUUGGCUGGAGACUUAAGAGAUGGUGGCGCUCCAGGGCGCCGGGAAAGAGCUUUGGGGAGCAUUUCCUCCCCCACAACCCCUUGAAGCAGUUACCAUAAAUGCAGGAAGACAUCGGAUGAGGACGGCCUGACUGGAGUGAGCUUUCCAGAACAGACCAUGGCUGUAGCCCUGGAACCCCAGGCUCUCCCUUCUCCCCGACCAGAACCUGAAGAUCUCCUGAUUGUGAAACUGGAGGAAGAAUCAUGGCGGUCAGAAGCCAGACUCCAGGAGAAGGACCAUGAUCUUGACCCCGAGGCUUCGCGCCAGCGCUUCAGGCAGUUCCAGUACAGGGACGCUGCUGGACCCCAUGAGGCCUUCAGCCAGCUCUGGGCACUCUGCUGCCACUGGCUGAGGCCAGAGAUCCGCCUCAAAGAGCAGAUCCUAGAGCUGUUGGUGCUAGAGCAAUUCCUGACUAUCUUACCCACAGAGGUCCAGGCUUGGGUACAGUCCCAUCACCCCGAGAGUGGUGAGGAGGCCGUGGCCCUGGUGGAGGUCUGGCACCGAGAGAUCCAAGCUGCAGGCCACCAGGAACUGGAAUUGUGUGCAGAAGAGCUGAGAUACAUAAAGGCAGUGCAGAAAUCUCCCAGCCUCCAACUCCAGCCAUCAGAUCGCUCGCCUGAGGGACAGUCCCAGAAGCAGUGGUUGAAGAAUCGUUGUCCCAGCUUUCCCAAGCAUUUAGACACCAAGAUGAUUCCACAACCCUUAAUAGAGAGUGCUGUUCUCAAUCCCCGAGUCCCUCCUCUUCCAAAGAUGGGGCACAUUGAAGAUUGGGAGGUGACCGCUAGGUCCCAGGAGGCACAGGAGGCACUGGACCCUGGAAAGCAUGCUGAGGAGGACCCCCCAGGAGAAAACUGUGGGGACACCGUGCCCCUAGGAGCUCCAGUUUCAAAGCCAAAUGUCUCCCAGCAAGAGCAAAGACCAGAAUUUUGGGGUCUAAGUCUUAUAAAUUCUGGAAAAAAGAACAUUGCAGAUUAUAGCCUAAAUAAUGAACAGACAAGACCAGUGCAGACACUGCCUUGGAAGGACUCAGUGACCUGGGAAGAACACCAAUGGGAUGUGGAGGAUAUGAAGGUUUCAGGUGUGCACUGGGGCUAUGAGGAGACUAAGACUUUCCUGGCAAUUUUGAGUGAGUCUCCUUUCUCUGAAAAGCUCCGAACUUGUCACCAGAACCGCCAGGUAUAUAGGGCUAUUGCUGAGCGACUGAGGGCUCGGGGUUUCCUUCGGACGCUGGAGCAGUGUCGCUAUAGGGUCAAAAACCUCCUACGAAAUUACCGAAAAGCCAAGAGCAGCCACCCACCAGGGACUUGCCCCUUCUAUGAGGAGCUGGAAGCCCUGGUGAGGGCCCGGACAGCCAUCAGAGCCACAGAUGGCCCAGGAGAGGCUGUGGCUCUCCCCAGGCUGGGAGAUAGUGACACAGAGAUUGAUGAGCAGGAUGAAGAGGGAUGGGAGCCCGAGGAAACAGCAGAAGGAUAUAAUGGUGAUGUCCUAGCCACUGACGAAUCCAUCCCGGGGCCCAGGAUCCCAGGGGGCCCAGCUUUAUUCCACAGUCGUAUUGAUAGAGGAAGAGAGAGAGAGACAGAGAGGGAAGGACACUGCACUGAGGCUUCCUGCAGUGUGAAGGCCAGGUUCAAAACCUGGGUCAUGCACAUGGCAAAGCAAGUACGCUAUCCAGCAGGCGUGCACUGGGGCUACGAAGAAACCAAGGCCUUCCUGACCAUUCUCAGUGAGUCCCCAUUCUCUGAAAAGCUUCGCACUUGUCACCAAAACAGCCAGGUAUAUCGAGCCAUCGCAGAGCGACUAUGUGCACAGGGCUUCCUGCGGACAUUGGAGCAGUGUCGUUACAGAUUCAAAAACCUCCUUCGAAGCUACCGGAAAGCCAAAAGCAGCCACCCACCAGGGACAUGCCCUUUCUAUGAAGAGCUGGACUCACUGAUGAGGGCUCGAACUGCCAUAAGAGCCAUGGGGACCUUUAGAGAGGGAACAGGUCUUUGUAGAUCUGGGCAGAGCAGUGCUGAAGACGAGGAGAAGCCUUGUGGUGAGAUGGCAGAUGAAGAGGCUGUCAGACUUCCAACUCGGUGUUCUAAGACCUCAGAUACUGGUUUUGAGGUGAGGCAUGAGGAUGAAGACCAGAUUUUAGAGCAGGACAUCUUUGAGGACUUGCCUGGAGCCUUCUCAAAAUAUACCACAGACGAUGCUUGUCAUCCUCAUGAUUGGGAAGAGGACAGUGAAAAUGAAAAUGAAGGUGAAAGGCAGUGGGGAAAGUCAUCACAGGAACAGUGGGAAGACUGUUCUUCUGAAGAGGACUUAGGAAAACUUAUCGAUCAUCAAGGAUUGUACCUUGUAGAGAAACCCUACAAGUGUGACACUUGUGUGAAAAGCUUUAGUCGGAACUCCCAUUUUAUGGCUCACCAGCGGUUACACACAGGUAUGCCAAGGAUUGAACACAGGAUCGCAGAGCUUCAGGUAUGCAAGUCUUCUAUGCUACUGUUGGCACUAUCUCCCAGCCACUACACUUAUGCUUUGAGGAAUCACCAUACUAAUUUCCAUAGUGGUGGCACCAUCUUACACAACCACUAUCAGUGCUUCAACAUUCCAGUUUCUGUACAUCCUCCCCAAACUUGUUUUCCAUCAUAACUAUCUUUUUUUUUUUUUUCCUCCAGGGUUAUUGCUGGGGCUUGGUGCCUGUACUACAAAUCCACUACUUCUGGUGGCCAUCUUUUUUCCCCAUUGUUGUUGCUGCUGUUGCUGUAUAGGACAGAGAGAAGCUGAGAGAGGAGGGGAAAAUAGAGAGGAAGAGAGAAAGACAGACACCUGCAGACCUGCUUCACCACUUGCAAAGCGGCUCCCCUGCAGGUGGGGAGCCAGAGGCUUGAACCAGGAUCCUUUUGCCAGUCCUUGAGCUUCACACUAUGUGCACUUAACUGGGGGCAGUACCACCUGCCACCUAUCUUAAUGUAUAUGAAAUGGUAUCUGUAAUCUUGAUUUGUAUUUUCUUCAUAUUAGCAAUAUUGAUCAUCUUUUCACAUGCUUAACUGGCCACUUUUGUAUGCUCUUUGGAGAAAUGCAUUCAAGUCCUCUGCACAUUAAUAAAAAAAUCAUGUUAGUUGGUGACUGGUCUGUAGUUUUAUAUACUCUGGAAAUGAAUGUUGGGAAAUUGUGCAGAUGUGGUGAGCUUGGCAGGGCUCACAAAGCACCCUGCAUCCCUGAUACUAUGGCCUGUUCUUUUAUUAUCUACAUAUCAAUCUUCUGCUUUGUCUUACAAAUGACUAAAGGUCUCCUUCCUAAUUUCCCCCAGUAUUGCUAAUCCUGCCAGUUGAACUCCUAGCAACUGGGGUUGGUUGCUGGGGAGGUUCAUACCAUUCCCAGCCCCCUUUGCCUUUCUCUACCCCUUUCCUAACCAUGUAUGGUAUUGUCAAGCUACUUCUGUUUCUGUCUUGUCUCUUCCAUGUCCCUAGCUGGAAGAGGGCGGGCGUGCAGAUGGAGAGGCUGAUGCUGGCCAUGAUGUGGUUGGCACCAUGUAGCUUAACCAGAUGUGCUACCGCCCAACUCUGGGAAGCUUGGAUGAAUAAAGAUUUGAAUUGUCCUGCCACCACAAGCUUGGUUCCUGGGUCAUAUCGCUCUCUCUCUCGACGCUAGCCCAACACAAAUGAAUUCCUCAUCAGAUCUGUGAUUUGCAAAUAUUUUGCCUUUGCAUUCUGGUGACUGUCCUUUGCUGAAUUUUAAGCUUAAAAAUGAUUUUGGGGGGCUGUGUGGUAAUGCGGUGGGUUAAGUGCACAUGGUGUGAAGCACAAGGACCAGACUAAGGAUCCUGGUUUGAGCCCCCGGCUCCCCAUCUGUAGGGGGGUCACUUCACAAACAUUGAAACAGGUCUGCAGGUGUCUUUCUUUCCCCCUCAGCUCUCAAUUUCUCUUUGUCUUAACCAAUAACAGCAACAACAAUAACAACAAGGGCAACAAAAUAUAAAAAGUGGCCUCCAGGAGCAGUGGAUUCAUAGUGCGGGCACCGAGCGCCAGCGAUAACCCUAGAGGGGAAAAAAAAAGUUGAUAUGAGGGCAGGUGUAGAUAGCAUAAUGAUUAUUCAAAGAGACUCUGAUACCUGAGGCUCCAAAGUCUCAAGUUCAAUUCCCCCACACCAUCAUAAGCCAGAGUUUAGUUUAGUAGUGCUCUGGUAAAAAAAAAAAAAAGAAAAGAAAGAGAAGAAGGAGGAAAAGGAGAAGGAGGAGGAGGAAGAAAAUGAGAAGGAGGAGGAGGAGGAGAAAGCUUGUAUUCCAAAAAAGUCAAUGUUACCUAUUUUUCUUUUCUUUUACCUGUAUUUUUGAUAUGUCAGAGAAAUCAUUGUUAAUUCUAAUAUCAUGAAGAUUUCCUCCUUUUUUUUUAUAUAAGCAUUAUAGUUUUAGGUCCUUUCUAUAUAUAGAUACUUUACCCAUUUUGAGUUAAACUUUGUAUAUGAUAUAUCCAUUAUCAUUUUGACUGGAUAUGCCCUACAUGUCAGGGAGACCACACAAAAGAGUUUUAAGAAACAGAUUUCUACAUUCUCACUCGUGACUUACAUCAAAACUUGCCUUUGCUCCCCUUCCCCAAACAAUUAGUUGCCCCUAGCCAUGAAAAAGACCAUAAAAUGUAAGAAAACCAAUGCAAAAAUUUAUAUUUUAUUUGAAUUCAAAAAAUUUAAAAUUGCUUUCAAAGUCAGGAAAGUACCAUAAUGCAGGAACCCAGGGGGGAAGCCUCAUAUACAGAGACAGAUAAAUUAAAUGUAUAUACUGCAGACAGGCCAAGAAGGUGUGUAGAUUACAUAUUUACAGGACUUUAUGUUUUCUGAAAACCAUAUUUAUACAUUUUAUUACAUUUACAAAAAAGGCUUCCACUAGCAUUUACCUACAAUAAUGAAAAAAAAAUGUACACCUUUUUUUCCUUUCUCUUUUGGUACUGUACAAACUUUUGUAUAAUAAAAAUAUAUCUCUGUACAAAAGA